CCAGCUACAGCAAUAACAUGGUAUAGAUGUGUGUUGCAGCUGCUGCUAAUUCUUACUCCUCCUCCUCAGACCUCCUCCUCUCCUCAUAUGUGCAGAUAUAUAACCUGCUGCAGAUAGGCAAAUAAGCUUGUGUCCCAACCAUAUAUCUCCAGCAGCAGGUUCACACAGAUCAGAUCACAGUGAGUGCAGAUAUAGACAACAAGUUUGUAGGAGAAAAGAUCUCUAGAUAGACACAUAGCUAGGGAUCCAUCGAAGCACGCAGCAGGUAGGCGAGCUGCAGGCAUGGGCCUGAGGGACAUCGAGCUGACGCUCCCGCCGGGGUUCCGGUUCUACCCCAGCGACGAGGAGCUGGUGUGCCACUACCUGCACAGCAAGGUGGCCAACGAGCGGAUCGCCGGCGCCGGCGGGGCCAUGGUGGAGGUGGAUCUGCACACCCACGAGCCCUGGGAGCUCCCUGACGUUGCGAAGCUGAGCACGAACGAGUGGUACUUCUUCAGCUUCCGCGACCGCAAGUACGCGACGGGGCUGCGCACCAACCGCGCCACCAAGUCCGGCUACUGGAAGGCCACCGGCAAGGACCGCGUCAUCCACAACCCCAAGGCCGCCGGCCGCGCCGUCGUCGUCGGCAUGCGCAAGACCCUCGUCUUCUACCGCGGCCGCGCCCCCAACGGCAUCAAGACCAGCUGGGUCAUGCACGAGUUCCGCAUGGAGAAUCCCCACACACCACCCAAGGAGGACUGGGUUCUGUGCAGAGUUUUCUACAAGAAGAAGGCCGACGCGAUGGAUUACGCCAUGGACAGCGAGCAAGAUGUCGCCAUGCCUCACAGCGCUGAUCAUCCGAGCUACUCGCCUCCAUUCCCCGCCCUCGGCAGCAGCCACUACCAUCUGCCACCGCCGUCUUCCGAUCACCACGGCGGCGCUGGGGCCGGCUCCCUCAACGACUUCCCCGCCGCGAUGGCGCUGCUGCAUCAUCAGCACAACAGCAUGUUCAACUUCCCCGCCCAGCCUCACGACGGCGGCAACGUCCUUGCGGCGGCGGGGUCGAGAGACGGCAGCGGCGCCGGCGACCAAUGUGGCAGCGGGGUGCUGAUGGACCUAGGACUGGACGAGCACUACAACUACAACUACAACAGCCUGAUGCAGAUGUGAUAUCAUCGGUGCUGCAAUGCAAGCUAGCUGCUCCCUGCAGUGUGUGCUAAUGACCAGCGCUUUAUCUGAUUUUAUUCGUCCGUGAUCAUCGAUCUUUGUGCAGAUUCGGUUGUGCAUGUAAUGCACAUCACUAGUAUACGUGUAGUUAAUUAAUCUCUACGGAUUAGGAGUGUUGUUCGUUGCGUUUGGGUUGAUGACUAGGCUGUGUGGUUGAAGUUACUGUGAUUCAUGUACAUAUUUGUGGAUUGGUUUAUUAUAUUGUUGCAUUGGCCGGGGAGCUCAAGUUUGGAACCUUUUUGUUGGUA